GGCAGAGCCCGGCUCGGUUCGGGGCAUUGUGGCAUCACCUGCGCGUCCGUGGCAACCGUGGAAUUCCCGCUGCGGCUCCGCGUUUGUCGCAGCUGGUCCCAGCCCUGCAGUUCCUGCGGUGCCGGAGCCGCUGCCCUCCGACCGUCCAGCUCGUCGUGCUGGAGGAGGAGCAGCAUCGCCACCGCUCCAGGCACCGCCGGCAGCCUGUCCGUUUAUAGACUUUGAAAGCUGUAUUUUCACCACCAUGAGCUCACAGACUUCAGUCAAUAUCUCUUCUGGGGAAGCUAAUCGAUCAGGCAGUGAUAUACAAGGACCUCCUCAGGACAGAAAUCAACCAGAAAUGGACACCAUUGAAGAUCUGAGAAAGAAACUCCAGGCACUUGAGAAAAAAAACUUGGAUUUAACCAAACAACACAAUCAAGAUAUGUCACACUAUGAAAAAGAAAUAAUGAAAUUAAGGUUAGAACUGGAGAGAGGAGAGGCUCUUCGUCGAGUUAUGGCGAGUGAAGUGUCCUUUGCUAGAAAAGAUGUUCAGGUGCAGAUGUAUUCUGCAGAGGAUGAGCUAUGUGAGGCAAAAGCCAAGCUUUUGGAACUGCAAGAACCUUUGCCGGUUCGCUUUUUGCCCGAAGCAGCUUAUUCACGUCCUCUACCUGCUCCUGCUUCUCCUCCUGAUGAUUCUGUUCCAAGUUUCUUCAUACCCCGAGGAGUCAGAACUCCUGUUGCUCCUGCUCCUGAUGCAAAUUGGAGAGAGCUUAGUGAUCAAGUUUUUACCAGCGGGGCAGAAAGUGAGUUUGACCCGAGUUACAGCCGACAUUUCGGACCGCUGCGACCUGCAACCAACGAAACCACAGAUUUGAUGCACUACAGAAAAAGCGACACUGACUUAUAUGACGUUCUCUGGAUAACUCAUGAACCAAGUCUGCUUAACAUCCCCCUCCCCAGUGGCAGGAGUGGCAAGACUUACAGUUUGCAACGACCAACAACGACCACGUAUGUCCAAGUUUGCCCAAGUGGAAUCGAAACUAUCUCAUGGCUGGAUGAUUCCUCCCGUAUUAGGCCAUUAAGUACUUUCACCAUGUCCACUCCCUCCUGGGAAAGGAUUAGAGCUCCAGUUGGUGCUCCAGUUCAUCCUCCUGCUCCAGUUAAUGCAUCCUUCAGGGGCAGACAACGCAGAGCCCGUUCUUUGCCUCCAUUCAAAUCUAUCAGCCAGGAUAAGUCAUCCAACCCCAGAAGUACUCAGGACAUUUAAUUGUCGGAGUCUUGGCUGUGACAGUUUUCCUAAGGAAUAUCUCAGCUUCAGAAGGGAAAAAGUCCUAGAAAUUAAAAAAGAGCUAAUUAAAGUACAGCUUUACCUACCUUUGUAUUGU